AUGGUGCUGUUUCGUGCAUCAGGUGUUAGGUCUGAUGACACUCAGUUAGAGGAAGUUGUCGGCAAGGAUGACGCGCUACUAUACCAAGCUCUGGCUGCUGGUCUGGAAGAACUGGCUACUGCAGGUGCGCAACGUGUUUAUCACGCUCGUCCAAAUCUUAUUACCUGUGGCCCUCCUCCUAAGCGUUGUCAUCAUUCGCACGAUCGUCGAUGUGGAGCCCCACCCCAACGUGACCCGGUACCCAGCAUUCAACCCCUCGGACCCCACCCUCAUAGGGAGAGGGGCGAGGGGCGCUUUCUUGCGGUGAGUGCAGGAGUUAAAUCGUCCAAGGCGAAGGCCCUGGCCACUCCAGACAAAUGA